UGCGCCCGAGGGUGGCUGGCCAAGAUGGCGCCGGGUGCGUGAGCGGUGGCGGCGGCCGCGCGGGGAGGGGAGGCGAAGGCCCGGCUGCUGGGGAGGGUCCGCUGCUGCCCCCGCCCCCGCCCCCCCCCCCCGGGGCUGUAGGAUGGUAAAAUGACCCAGGGGGGCAAGAAGAAGAAACGCGCCGUGAACCGCAGUAUCAUGCUGGCCAAGAAGAUCAUCAUUAAGGACGGCGGGACGCCUCAAGGAAUAGGUUCACCGAGCGUCUACCAUGCUGUUAUAGUGAUCUUCUUGGAGUUUUUUGCUUGGGGACUCUUGACAGCACCCACUCUGGUGGUUUUGCAUGAAACCUUCCCAAAACAUACAUUUCUAAUGAAUGGUCUAAUUCAAGGAGUAAAGGGCUUAUUAUCAUUCCUCAGUGCCCCACUCAUAGGUGCCCUGUCUGAUGUGUGGGGACGGAAGUCCUUUUUGCUGCUAACAGUAUUUUUCACCUGCGCACCGAUACCACUAAUGAAGAUCAGCCCAUGGUGGUACUUUGCUGUCAUCUCUGUCUCUGGAGUUUUUGCAGUGACCUUUUCUGUGGUUUUUGCAUAUGUAGCAGACAUAACCCAAGAACAUGAAAGAAGCAUGGCCUAUGGUUUGGUUUCAGCAACUUUUGCGGCAAGUUUAGUUACCAGCCCUGCUAUUGGUGCCUAUCUUGGUCGAGUCUAUGGAGACAGCCUGGUUGUGGUCCUGGCUACAGCAAUAGCCUUGUUAGACAUUUGUUUUAUUCUUGUUGCUGUACCAGAAUCGCUGCCAGAGAAGAUGAGGCCAGCAUCCUGGGGAGCACCCAUUUCAUGGGAACAGGCUGACCCUUUUGCAUCACUGAAGAAAGUCGGCCAGGACUCAGUUGUGCUGCUAAUCUGCAUAACAGUCUUUCUUUCCUACCUCCCAGAGGCAGGUCAAUAUUCCAGCUUCUUCCUAUACCUCAGACAGAUAAUGGGAUUUUCAUCUGAAAGUGUUGCAGCAUUUAUAGCAGUCCUUGGGAUUCUUUCCAUUAUUGCACAGACGAUAGUUUUGAGUUUACUUAUGCGGUCCAUUGGAAAUAAAAAUACCAUCUUACUGGGCCUAGGAUUUCAAAUACUACAACUUGCAUGGUAUGGCUUUGGAUCAGAACCAUGGAUGAUGUGGGCAGCUGGCGCUGUUGCAGCCAUGUCCAGUAUUACUUUCCCAGCUGUAAGUGCACUGGUUUCACGAACUGCUGAUGCUGACCAACAAGGUGUUGUUCAAGGGAUGAUAACAGGAAUUCGAGGACUGUGUAAUGGUUUGGGACCAGCACUUUAUGGUUUUAUAUUCUAUAUAUUUCAUGUUGAACUGAAUGAACUCCCCAUGCCUGAAUCACCAUCAGGAGGUAGUGUGGUCACACAAUACCAUUUACAACAGAAUUCCAUAAUUCCUGGACCCCCAUUCUUAUUUGGAGCGUGCUCUGUGCUGCUGGCACUACUUGUUGCCUUGUUUAUUCCUGAACACACAAACCUAAAUGUACGAUCCAGCAACUGGAAGAAACACUGUGGCAGCCAUGGCCAUCCCCACAGUCCACAAGCUCCUGGUGAAGCUAAAGAACCAUUAUUACAAGAUACAAAUGUAUGACAAAAAUCCAGAAAGAUCUUUUGGACUUUUUUUUCAUCAGCAGUUUGGGAUACACAUUCCAAUUCCAUCAAAAAUGUAAUUUCUUAAGGUAAUCUUAAGAAGUAUCUUUCUGCAUGAAAUCCAUAGGAAUUAAAAAAAAAGAAAAAAAAGGACGUUUCUCCAAAGAUGUUGCCACUGAAUUAAUAAGUUGCUUUUGAAAACAAACUGUUAGGUACUUGUCUCUUGCCAUGAAAUACUGUUACUACUAAACUUUACAUUCUAGUUCAGAGACAAAAAAGAAGAGUCAAGGCAUGAGCAUGUGUCCUUCUGUCUCCUUAAGGUGGUGAGCUUUAAUUCUAGUCAUGCUAAGUCUCAAUGAGACAUACUAGCAUCCAUGUGGACCCAUUCAUUUUAAUGUUGUAAAAUCUUGGGUCAGAUGAUUCAAAGCCUUAAUGUAAAUGUACUCAAGUAGGGAGGUGGUGAAUUGGUAUCAUUUAUUUUAAAAGUCACAUGGCAGGUUUUUUUUUUAAGUUUGUACUAAUAUACAAAUCACAUGAGCACGCUUGCUGAACAGUAAAAGUUAUUUUUAUGUAAGUGCAUUUACUCUUUCUAUUUUUGAA